AAAUUUAAGCAUCUCAAAUCAAUAUAUGAGAAUGCUAACAAGCUACAUAAUGUCAAAAGUGAUUAUCACAAGCUAAUUAUAUGCAAUGAGAACAAUUAUCAUAAAUUUGUUAUAAAAUUCUUAUAUAUAAUAGAUGAGAUAAAAAUUGUCAAGAAAAACUACAAAAUAGACUUCAAUAACAAACUGUUUUUUGAUCUUCAAAGAAUAAUAGCAGUA